AUGGCGGUUUUUGUGUUGUUAGUAGUAGUGUCGUCGUCGCUGUCCAUCUUUCUUCCUCUCGUCACCGACGCCGUCGCCGACUACGCCGCGUACUGCGACUCCUCCGGCAGCGGCCGCAGCCAUGCUGCCACGGCGAGGGCUCUCGUCGGAGAUUUGAAAGACAAGGUGCCGGAUAAGCCGGGCAUGCAGUACUGCAACGUGCUGACGUGGCCGCCGUCGAGUGGACGGCAGGUGUUCGGGUACGGUUCCUGCGACACGGUCGGCAGGACGGCGGAUGCCACGUACGCAUGCCGCAACUGCUUGGCUACCGCCGGCGAUGCCCUGUUUUUGGAGCUGUCCAUCCUCCUACUGAUCACCGCCGCCGCGACGACCACCGGCGACGUGCCACACGUGCAGUGCUACACCGGAAACGGUGGCGUACUGGCAGGGGAGAUGAAGCAGUCCCUCAUCCUAAAUUUGGUCGUCAACUUGCCGUAUUUACCAAAGACGUACUACUGCAACUACCUGACGUUUGCCGGGCUGACGAUGUACUCGUUCGCCGAGUGCCCGCGUCGGGACAGCGACGGGGACGAGAGCGUGAGAGCGUGCACCGACUGCUUGCAUCUGGUGGGUUACGACCUGAUCGGAAGUUGCGGAGACACGAGCACCGGCUACGCAUGGGAUGAUGACUCGGUUUGUUAUUUCAAGGUUGGCUACUCCUUGGAUGUUGUUUGUCCCAAGGGGACUUACUAA